AUGGAAAAACGUUGUAAUUCAAAGCAAAUUGUAUUUGGAUCAAUUUGUUAUAGUCUAUGUUUUAUUAUGACUAUUAUUAGUUAUAUAAUGUCAAAACAAUUAAAACAACAACACAUUAGCACAUUAGAUUUAUUUACAUGGGUAAUGGUUCUUUUAUCAUAUUUAACUAAUUUUUUAAUUUCUCCAUAUAUGUUAAAAGAUCCAAAACAUCCAAAAUAUACACGGCUCAAAUACUUAAAUCGACUUUUGAAAUUUCAUGCAUUUACUGGACUUCUAACUAUUCAACUUGGUAUUAUAACAUUAUUCUAUCGGUCAAUACUAUUUGGUUAUCUAUUUGCAUUACUUGUACUUUUUACACAUAUACCAUCAGUUAUAUUGUUAACACCAUAUGCUGGUGGUUUUAAACGUAUGAUUAUUUCUGGAUAUAAUUGUCUCAUUCUUUUUGGAACAUUCUUUCAAGUAUUACAAAUU